AUGCUUCGCCUGUCCUUACACCGUUUGCUGUCCGUGUCACCUCGUGGUGGAGGAUCCUGCAUAAUGCAGAGUGUAAGGGGGGUGCAGACCCCUCCAAAACUUCAAGGCAAAGUGGCUCUGGUAACAGCAUCAACAGAUGGGAUUGGUUUGGCUAUUGCGCAGAAGCUUGCUCAGGAUGGAGCACGAGUUUUGAUUAGCAGCCGGAAGCAACAAAAUGUUGAUAAAGCCGUGAGAGAGUUGAAAGAACAAGGACUAGAUGUUGAAGGAACAGUCUGUCAUGUGGGUCGGAGUGAGGACCGAGAAAGACUAGUGAACACGGCUGUCCAGAAAUUUGGAGGGGUUGAUAUUCUUGUUUCUAAUGCUGCAGUUAACCCUUUUUUUGGAAAUAUCCUGGACUCUACUGAUGAGGUUUGGGAUAAGAUUUUAGAUAUAAAUGUUAAAGCUGCAUUCCUUCUGGUGAAACUUGUGGUGCCCAAAAUGCAGGAAAGAGGAGGUGGCAGUAUUGUGAUCGUUUCUUCUGUGGCUGGAUUUACACCAUUUCCUGCUCUGGGCCCAUACAGCGUCAGUAAGACUGCACUGCUUGGCCUUUCCAAAGCUCUUGCACCAGAGUUGUCACCGCUAAACAUCCGAGUGAACUGCCUUGCACCUGGGCUCAUUCGCACCAAGUUCAGUUCAGCUCUAUGGCAGAACAAAUCUAGCUUGGAUCAACUAACAACUGCUCUAGGUAUUAGCAGGAUCGGGGAGCCGGAAGAGUGUGCCGGAGUAGUAUCUUUCCUCUGCUCUCCUGAGGCCUCAUAUAUAACUGGAGAGACAGUAGUAGUUGCAGGAGGGGGGCACUCUCGUCUAUGA